ACAUGGCUCACGCAAAGAAGCCACCCAAGAAGAAGUCAGCAUGGAUCAGCGAUAAAGACCUCAAGAAAAUGACGGCUGGCGCCGCCCUGCCGCCUCCUCCUGAUGGGCAACAGAUCGACUACGGCGACACACUCGAUCCGCACUUGUUCUAUUCGUGGCAAGGCGGAUUUUCUACACCUCCCAUCUGGGAUGAACGUCCCAUCUACAAAAAUCGCAAUCUCCAAGAAACCAUACGACAAUGGGAGCGCAAGAUCAACGUGGAACUCAAGCCCUUCGGCACAACGUCAACAACCAAGAACAGUACCAACUUCUCAUUCAACGUUGGCAAGUCCAAUGCCGCCAAUGGUCGUCUCUACUUCCUGCCGCCCCAACAAGACACGAAUUCUAUGGCCGAACUAGUCCCGCGAUCCUGGGCUCCUCAGAUCUUUGAGGCUGGUCAAACGCUUCAAUCAUUCUGGCAGCAACAGAUCACUGGAGCACCCAGACCCCAAGACGACUCUGACUUUGGUGAUUGCAGGCUUUUCUGGGAUCGCUAUCUGAUUGACAAUGCGGCUGUUCAGUCUGUCCCGACUCAACCAGACACCAAGGGCUGCGACACUCGCGACGACACAUGUGGUGACAAGCUCGCCCGCGAGAAUGAUCGCGGUAGUCAAGGUUGGACAAAUCAAUACCUCCAGAACCCCAACGCUUUCAUGAUAGCCCGUUUCGGAAGAAAUGCUGGACCAGAAGGCGGCAGGCAACGCCGUGACGAACCGCUCAAAGAACCAUCUUUCAUCGUAGAAGCACCGAUGAUCGACAACAGCAUCAAGCCUGUACUCAACCUCUUCAUCCGUAUGGCCCAGCUCGGCGAUAUUCCUCAGAUCACCGACAUCUACAACCACUAUAUCCAGCAAAGCGUGUGCACCCCGGAGCUAGAGCCUGUCAGCAAAAUGGAUGUGAAGGGUCGAUGGGAGAGUGUGCGAGGCGGGCACUUGCCAUUCCUUGUCGCCUGUUCACCUAGAGGUUAUGGCGGCAGGAAACGGUUCAAGGACCGACCUGCUGUUGACACAGUGCUCGGCUUUGCUUAUGCUGACGAGUAUGGUGGUGCACGAACAGCGCUACGUUUCGCCGUCGAGGUUGGCGUCUUCGUAGACCCAGGUCCCAGGUGCAGACGCAAGGGAGUCAGCAAAUGUCUUCUUGACAAGCUCCUGGGACUGCUGGACCAAUUCUACGUUGAGCGCGGUGGCUAUGACAUUGACGAGCAGCUUGGGAUCGGUACACAGCGUCUCGUAUCUCGAAUCUUCCUCAACUUCAUGAAUUCGAAAAUUGAGAGGUCCCGGGAGUGGGUGAUUCCGUACAUUGAAUCUUGGGGUUUCCAACAACAGACCACGAUCGAGGAGGUAGGCUUCAAACUGGGCCAAGUGAAGACAGGAUUAGUGAUCGUACCCACCAACCCACCCAUUCCUCCUCCAAAGGAGGAA